AUGACAGGGCCAAUGCACACGAGAGCAGAUACGAACGGAUCAUCGGUCAAAAAACGGUCCGAAAAUUGUCAGUUUACUGUCAACGGCACCUCUCGAAGACAACUCCUCAUCAAACAUGAAUGCAUCGGAUUCGAUCUCGAACAUCUCGAGUCAACGGUACCCUCUGCAAGACAACCGGGACGCACGCUGAGAAGCUCUUUGGAAGCUCCUUCUAAUCCCGUAACAGUCGAGCCAUCUUCCACCACACUCUUCAACUUCCCUUCCUACCGUCGCAGUCGUCUCGGCCCUGUAUACGAAGGUUUAGAAGGGGUCUUCCAGCCUACACCUCCCGGCAAGUAUACGUGUUUUGUCAAUCGAUCUGUCCCUGAAGAUCCUCCAAAUUUCAGCCCUGUCUCUGACAUCGACCAUGAAGUACAACAAACGCUUUCUGUAAGCCAGCCUAAUUCGAUUGUGUCCUGCAUAAGUCAGCUGAUUUCAUCUUCGAAUCAACCGGGACGCACACCACAAAGUAUUAUGGAAGCCUCUCCUGACCCCGUAACAGUCGAGCCUUCGUCUUCCGUCACCUCUACACGCUCCGUAUCCUGCCGUCGCAGUCGUCCCGGCCCUGUUCACGGAGGUUCGGAAGAGGUCUUCCAGCCUGCACCUUCAGGCAAGUACGUGUGCGAUAACAGUCGAUCAUUCCUUGAAGGCUCUUGUAAUUUCAGUUCUACUUGCGACCCUCUUAUUGUUGAUGAACACGUAACAUACGAUAGCCUACAGUACCCACUUCUCUCAGGAUGUGCUUCAGAAGGAGACGAUCGUCAUUCUGUGGCUGUUGGUACUUAUUCACAUAACAGUGAUCGCCAUCUUUCAACUUUGCACGUUUACUACCAAAACGUUGGUGGUAUGAAUAGUAGCAUUAAGGAUUAUUUGCUGGCCAGUUCUGAUCUAUGUUACGACAUUAUUGCACUCACCGAAACUUGGUUAAACGACCGUACCACAUCCACUCAGGUAUUUGAUAAGAGUUACGAUGUUUUUCGCUGCGAUCGCUGUCAGUCAAACAGUUCGAAAGAUUCUGGAGGUGGAGUGCUGCUUGCCAUCCGCCGUGAGUUAAAACCCCGCAUCGUUCCAAAUGACUCUUGGUUAAGCAUCGAACAAGUGUGGGUUGAAAUUAAGAUGUUUGAUCACUCGCUAUUUCUGUGCGCCGUUUAUGUACCACCAGACCGCGUCCGUGAUGUAGCUUUGAUGACCGUCCACACGGAUUCGAUAGCAACAGUGCGUUCUAGACUCAAACCGAUGGAUGAAAUUGCGAUAAUCGGGGAUUUCAAUUUACCUGGAAUCAAAUGGAGACCUUCGAGAUCAGGAUUUCUGUACCCGGAUGCCAAUCACUCUACACUUUCGACAUGCACAGUCUCCCUAUUGGAUUCGUACAGCACCAGCCUGCUUCAACAGAUCAACCAUGUCGAGAACAACAACGGAAGAAUUCUGGACCUCUGCUUCGUUAGCAGUGCUGACUCAGCUCCAGUUAUUUCAGCAGCGGCUGCUCCGCUAGUUACAACCGUUCCUCACCACCCCGCUCUGCACCUUGUUUUGGAAAACCUUGCUUCAAAUCAAUUCCGCAAAACCGCAACUGCAGUGUACUAUGACUUCAAAGAAGCUGACUAUAACCCCAUUUCUAACGUCCUGUCUACUAUCGACUGGGAAGAUGUUUUAGAUUAUGACGAUGUAGACAAUGCAGUUCAAAUGUUCUCCAUUAUCGUGAACUAUGCUAUUGACAGGCAUGUACCGAAGCGAACUACUUUAGAGCAUUCGCAUACUCCAUGGCAGACUAGGGAACUAAGUCAAAUGAAAACAGCAAAGAGAGCGGCAUUACGUCGAUUUGCCAAGUACCGAACCGUGCCACUUAGGAAUUAUUAUGUGCGACUAAACAAUGCAUACAAGCGAGCUACUCAAUCGUGUUAUCGUAGUUACAUAACUAACAUGCAGCUGAAACUGAAAUCAAAUCCUAAGUCUUUUUGGAAGUUUGUAAACGAGCAAAGGAAUAAGUCCGGUCUACCUUCUACAAUGGAGUACAAUGGGCGCUGGAGUUCUGACACACAAACGAUAUGUGACCUAUUUGCUGAUAAAUUUGGAAGCGUGUUUUCGGAUGAGUCGAUAACACCCGAGCAAAUUGAAUCUGCUGCUGGAAACGUACCUUUUCUCGGCCAGUCUUGCUCCCAUAUCGAGGUUGACGAGCCAAUGGUACAAGCUGCUAUGAACAAACUCAAGGCGUCUUGCUCAGUUGGUCCUGAUAGUAUUCCGUCUAUUAUAUUGAAGAAAUGCGCAGCUAAUCUGACGAUUCCUCUUUGUCGCAUUUUCCGCUUAUCGUUGAUUAGUGGAAAAUUUCCAACUUCCUGGAAGUCGGCGUUUUUGAUUCCUGUACAUAAAAAGGGUGCCAAGACUCAAAUCGAUAACUACCGAGGAAUUUCCGCACUAAGCUCGGUCGCCAAACUGCUUGAGCUUGUUGUCUUGGAACCGAUCUUUAGUUUCUGCCAGCAUUACAUUGUAGAAGAUGGAUUUAUGCCUAAGAGAUCUACUGUAACCAAUCUGUUGACUUUCACGGCUUAUAUAACGGAAGGUUUCAAUAGCGCCAAACAAACAGAUGCGAUAUAUUUCGACCUGACAGCAGCGUUUGACAGCAUUAAUCACGAAAUUGCGAUUUCUAAAAUGGAGAAUUUGGGGUUUGGCGGCAGAAUAAUCAGUUGGCUGCGGUCAUACCUAAUCGGUCGCCAGCUAGCAGUAAAAAUUGGUGAUCAUUUCUCGCGCAAAUUCGACGCGCCAUCUGGGAUUCCUCAAGGCAGCCACCUGGGGCCGUUGAUUUUCCUCUUGUACUUCAAUGACGUCAAUUUUAAGAUGAACCUUCCGCGCUUGUCAUUCGCCGACGAUAUGAAAAUUUAUUUUAUAAUCAACUCGACUGCCGAUGCCUGCCUACUUCAGCAACAGCUGGAUAGUUUUGCCGAAUGGUGUAUUGCUAAUUGCAUGAAGGUGAACCCAAGUAAAUGUGCUAUUAUCACCUAUUCAAGAAAAAAGGAACCGAUCUUGUUCGAUUAUAAACUCUUGGAUACUUCCAUCGAGAGAACCAACUGUAUCAAAGAUCUAGGGGUACUUCUAGACAGCAAACUAUCGUUCCAGCAGCACAUUUCAUUAAUUGUGGGCAAAGCUUCCAGAAGUCUGGGCUUUUUGUUUCGAAUCGGUAAAGAUUUCAAUGACAUAUAUUGCUUGAAGUCUUCGUACUGCUCGCUGGUACGUUCGACUCUUGAGUACGGCUGUCAAGUUUGGAGUCCAUACUACCAAAAUGGUGUCGACAGAAUUGAAGCUGUACAGCGCAGAGUGUCCGGCGUUGCUCCGUUCAUUCCAACUACAGGUGCCUCCAAGAAGUCUGCGGAACCAAAAUUUGCUGCGUAUACCGGUCCGGCGAACAAAUUACGCGACCUACGGUAG